CAGUCCCCUGAUUGGAGCAGCGAGGCUGGGGAAGCUUUGCCUCGUUAGGCUGCUCCUGGAGAGGGGUGUUACGGAGUCUAGUUGAUAGGCAAUCGACUAGCCGGACUGUUCCCAGGGACUCCAGUUGUAGCCAUUCGUACAAGGCACAAACAAGGCUAUUGAACCUGACAUUGGUGUCUGUCGUUAUUCCUUUAUCUAACAUAUCAUACUGAAACAUGGUAUCAGAAGUGGCUCGGAAAACACACGUUUGUUAUUUUUGUAGCUAAGUACAGUAUAGGCGCAGUUACGUUCCAUAUGCGAACACACGCCGUUUCCUAGUCACAACACUGAUCAACUCGUUGUUAGCUGGCUAGCUAGCAUCACUACCUACGUCGAUGACUGAAGGCAAAGAAAUCUCAUAUUCCAUUGCUAUGGCAGCGAACAUUCCGCCACCAAAUCCCAUGGUUCUCACAGGGGACUGGAAUACUAAUUGGGACAACUUUAGGGAUGAAUUCGAGGACUAUGCGCUGGCGACCGGUCUACAUGAGAAACCCAACGAGGUACAAGCGGCAACUCUGAGGAGUUUAAUGGGCAGCGAAUGCAGGCAUAUCUAUCGGCACAAUCUCACCCUCACAGCACGUCUACAGUGUGAUGCAAAGGCUAUAUUGGAUGCAUUGGAGAAUUACUUCAAACCCGCCAGAAACGUAAUUUAUGAGCGGUUCGUUUUCGGAAGCUGUAAACAGGAAGAGGGGGGUGCCCAGGUCAACGAGAGAAACCCAGGAGGAGAGACUCCUCUCCUGGCCUUGUGUAAAGCCCUGAGACGGGAACCCACUGGACCUGGAACCCUGAAACUGCUCAGAUACCUACUAGACAACCAGGCAGACCCUAAUGCCCAGGACCGGUCAGGCCGUACAGCUCUGAUGUAUUCCUGUAUGGAGAGGGCUGGAGCUCAGCUAGCCUCUACUCUCCUCUCAGCUGGAUCUGACCCCAGUAUGGCGGACUACUCUGGAGCUUCAGCUAUGGUCUACACUAUCAAUGCACAGCACCAGCCUACACUACAGGUCAGCAGGGAGGAGGGGUGUGUGUGUGUGGAUGUGUUUAACUUUACUUGGUGGGACCAGAACAGAGGAGAUGAGGGAGAGGAGGAAAGGAGGAGCGGGAGUGAGACCCUAUGUUAGCUGUUGUGGUGUGAUAUGUGUAGUUACUUGUAAUAACCUCUAGAGCAUGCUGGACACUUAUUUAGUGCUUGCUGACCUGAAUGUGUGGAUACAUAUCAACAGUCUAAAGCCGUAAUCUCCAAUCCAAAUAAUUUGUUGGAAUCAUUUGUUUAUUAGAUAUUUCCUAUUUAUACUGUAUGGAUAAUAAAACCCAUCCUUUAUUCAGUUGUGGUGUAGCUUUUCCCCCCAUUCCCACACUGAAAGUUGUCACUGAACUUUAGUCUGUCUUGCUUUAUGAUAGUUAAAUGUGACUAUCAUUUGCUAGAGGGGAAUAUGCUAGAGGGGAAUAUGCUAGAGGGGAAUAUGCUAGAGGGGAAUAUGCUAGAGGGGAAUAUGCUAGAGGGGAAUAUGCUAGAGGGGAAUAUGCUAGAGGGGAAUAUGCUAGAGGGGAAUAUGCUAGAGGGGAAUAUGCUAGAGGGGAAUAUGCUAGAGGGGAAUAUGCUAGAGGGGAAUAUGCUAGAGGGGAAUAUGCUAGAGGGGAAUAUGCUAGAGGGGAAUAUGCUAGAGGGGAAUAUGC